GCUUUGGCUAUUGCACACCGUGCAACGCAUGUUUCCUGCUGAACGCAUUUACAUGCGCUCCUACAAUGAACGUCAAUGGAGGAGAAAAGGGUGGCGGAUGCCGCGAAUGGGGCCCCCCUGGGCUAUGAGGGAACUCGCUGUGAAAUUGAUAGCUACGAGUGUGUCUCCAGACCUUGUCAAGACCAUUGCAUGGAUGGGGUCAACAGUUACAGCUGCCAGGACUGUGAGGAAGACAUCAAUGAGUGUGCCACCAACCCCUGCCAGAACCGAGGUGUCUGCCAAGACCUUGAGAACGGGCGAGUGCCAUGGCAAUACAGAACUGUUGUUGCACUUGCUCAACUCUGCACUGCAACCACUAUAAAUUGAUUAUGAUGUAGGGACCUGAACACCCUCUCUGAACGAUUUGUUUUUAUUAAA